GAGGGAAUGGAAACCGCAGAGGAGCAGAAGCCGAGAGUUGUGGUGAUUGAUUCUUUGCAAUCAUGGGAAUUCUAUGUCAAUCAGGCCUCUACCCAGAACUCCCCUAUUGUUGUGCACUUCACUGCUUCAUGGUGCAUGCCAUCAGUGGCUAUGAAUCCUUUCUUUGAAGAAUUGGCUUCAACUUAUCCAGAUGUUCUCUUUCUCACUGUUGAUGUUGAUGAAGUCAUGGAAGUAGCAAAGAGGAUGGAUGUGAAGGCAAUGCCAACAUUCGUGGUGGUGAAGGACGGUGCUCCACUGGAGAAGGUGGUUGGUGCGAAUCCGGAAGAGAUAAAGAAAAGGAUAGAUACUUUUGUUCAGUCCAUUCGUGACUCAGUAGCAUAGAUUUGAUUGAAAAGUGAAAGCUAUUGCAUCUAAUAUCAUACUACUUUUUCAACUUGUGUGCUGUUUUAAUUUCUGGUCAAAGUCAAACAUGUAAUUUCCCACUUUGUUAAUAAAUUUGUACAUUUUUACAGUUAACUAAGUUGUUGCUGGUUUAUUUUAUGGUGAUAUUUGAUUGUAAUCGGUAAACUCAAGGGACUAUGUAUUGCUGUCUUUAUAUUGGUUCAUUCUCUACUUAAAAAA